AUGGCCAACCAUCCCCUCCUAGUCAAUCUUAUUAUGACCCUCUCCUACGCUCUCCCCAUCUUAAUCGCCGUAGCCUUUCUAACCCUGGUAGAACGGAAAAUCCUCAGCUACAUACAAGGUCGGAAAGGACCCAAUGUUGUAGGCCCUUUCGGACUACUUCAACCCCUAGCAGAUGGAGUGAAACUAUUCAUCAAAGAACCCAUCCGACCAUCAACCUCAUCCCCAAUUCUAUUCGUCACAACCCCUAUACUAGCCCUUCUCUUAGCAAUCUCAAUUUGAACCCCCCUACCCCUCCCAUUUUCCCUUGCAGACCUUAACCUAGGCUUACUAUUCCUACUAACUAUGUCAAGUCUAGCAGUAUACUCAAUUCUUUGAUCCGGAUGAGCCUCCAACUCUAAAUACGCCCUAAUCGGAGCACUCCGAGCAGUAGCCCAAACCAUCUCAUACGAGGUGACCCUAGCAAUCAUUCUCCUAUCUAUUAUUCUUCUCAGCGGUAACUACACCCUUAGCACCCUCGCAGUCACCCAAGAACCCCUAUACCUCAUCUUCUCCUGCUGGCCCCUUGCCAUAAUAUGAUACGUCUCUACCCUCGCCGAAACAAACCGCGCCCCAUUCGACCUAACAGAAGGAGAAUCAGAACUAGUCUCAGGCUUCAACGUGGAAUAUGCAGCAGGACCCUUCGCCCUAUUCUUCCUAGCAGAAUACGCCAACAUUAUACUCAUGAACACCCUCACCGCCAUCCUAUUUUUCAACCCAAGCCUCCUCCACCCCCCUCAAGAACUCUUCCCCAUAAUCCUGGCUACUAAAGUCCUACUCCUAUCCGCAGGCUUUCUGUGAGUUCGCGCCUCUUACCCACGAUUCCGAUACGACCAGCUUAUGCACCUCCUAUGAAAAAAUUUCCUUCCUCUGACAUUAGCCCUCUGCCUAUGACACACCAGCUUACCAGUCUGCUACGCAGGCUUACCCCCCUAUCUAUAA